AUGAGGGCGUGGGAGGCAACUAUAAGGAUAACACAAGCUGCAACAAGGAAACGUGCUAACACGAUAUUCUGUACACAAGGUUCAUCAUCACCAACAACAGAGGAAGAAAAUGAGGAACAAGAUGAUCACAUUUACGCGAAUGGUGAAAUCUUCCAUGCUGAGAGGUUUCUCCCAAAUGGUGAUUACUAUAGUGGUUAUUGGCUUGACAAUUUCCCUCAUGGACAAGGUAAAUAUUGGUGGACUGAUGGAUGUAUGUACGUUGGAGAUUGGUUUCGUGGCAAAACUAUGGGCAAAGGUAUCUUUAGUUGGCCCUCUGGUGCAAUGUAUGAGGGCAAUUUCAAGACUGGAUUUAUGGAUGGAGAUGGUACCUAUACGGGGCCUAAUGGUGAUACCUAUAGGGGUUGUUGGAUCAUGAAUUUGAAACAUGGACAUGGGGUUAAGGAGUACGUUAACGGAGAUUGUUAUGAUGGUGAAUGGUGUAGGGGAUUACAAGAAGGACAGGGGAGGUAUAAUUGGAAAAAUGGGAAUUAUUAUGUUGGUGAAUGGAAAAAUGGAACUAUUUUUGGUAAAGGCAAAAUGUAUUGGACUAAUGGAAAUGUUUAUGAAGGGAAUUGGGAAGAUGGAUUUCCUAAAGGAAAUGGUACUUUUAAAUGGACUGAUGGAAGUUUUUAUGUUGGAAAUUGGAGUAAAGAUCCAAAUGAACAGAAUGGUACAUUUUAUCCAUCUACAUCAUUGUUACAAACUGGUAAUCUUGAAUGGGAUCCUCAACAAGUUUUCAACGUCGAUUUGGUUGAAUGUACUAUCUGUCCACCUGAGAAAGUUCCUAUUUUGCCUUCACAGAAGAAACUCGCGUUAUGGAGGUCAUCUAAGGCUGUUGACAGUAACAUUAAGCCUAGGAGAAUGUCGUUGGACGGGAGAAUAGAUGCACCUCCUGUUGAUAGGGAGUUUGGUAGAAUUCGUUUAUCUGAUGUUGCAGGAACUUCUGCUAGUACUUCUUAUUAUUUGGACGAUUCCAUCGUUGGCUUGCAGGAUCCUGAUGGAUAUUUAAGAGGAAGUCCUAUAAGAAUUCCUAAAGUUGUUAAGAGACAAGGCCAAACUAUUUCCAAAGGGCAUAAGAAUUAUGAGCUUAUGCUUAAUUUGCAGUUGGGAAUCAGGGUAUCAGUGGGACGGCCUGGUCCUCCACCAUCACUAGAUCUCAAGCCAUCAGCGUUUGAUCCUCGAGAGAAGUAUUGGACUAGAUUUCCAACAGAAGGAUCCAAGAUCACGCCUCCUCAUCCGUCUUGUGAAUUCAGAUGGAAGGAUUAUUGUCCGAAAGUUUUCAGGGCAUUACGGAUGUUAUUCAAAGUGGAUGCAGCUGAUUAUAUGAUAUCGAUUUGUGGUAAUGAUGCCCUCAGGGAGCUUUGUUCCCCUGGAAAAAGUGGAAGUUUUUUCUACUUGACAAACGAUGAUCGAUAUAUGAUCAAGACAAUGAAGAAGGCAGAAACAAAAGUGCUAUUAAGGAUGCUUAGCGCGUAUUUCAAUCAUGUUCGCGCUUUUGAGAACACCCUUGUGACUAAGUACUAUGGCCUGCAUUGUGUGAAGCUAAGUGGACCAGCACAGAAGAAGGUACGAUUCGUUAUCAUGGGGAACCUCUUUUGCACAAAUUACUCAAUUCAUAGACGAUUCGACUUGAAAGGAUCAACAUUUGGAAGAAUGACAGAUAAACCAGAAUCCGAGAUUGAAGCAACAACAACCCUUAAAGACCUUGAUCUCAACUUCAUUUUCAGGUUACAAAAGACAUGGUUUCAAGAAUUCUGCAGGCAAGUUGAUAGAGAUUGUGAGUUCAUGGAACAAGAGGGAGUGAUGGACUAUAGCCUUUUGGUUGGUAUCCAUUUUAGAGAAGCAGAUAGUACUGAAGAUCAGACAUCUUCUGGUUCUGGAACACCUAUUGAUAAUGGAGGCUCGGAAAAUGAAACAUUUGCUCGUGUCUCUCGAGCUGAUAUGGAUCAAUUGCUUCUUGAUCAGGAAGGGUGGGCUAGCAUAAAACUAGGAAUAAACAUGCCUGCAAGAGUUGAAAGGACAGAGAGGAAAGCUACAGAAGCGGAAACUCAGCUAAUCGGAGAUCCAACAGGAGAGUUGUAUGAUGUGAUACUGUUUUUCGGGGUCAUAGACAUACUUCAAGACUAUGACAUUACAAAGAAGCUAGAGCACGCGUACAAGUCUAUGCAAUGUGAUCCAAACUCAAUAUCAGCAGUUGAUCCAAAGGCAUACUCAAGGCGUUUUCGCGAUUACAUAUUCAAAGUUUUUAUAGAAGAUAACUGA